CAUUCUCCAACGCCGGUUCGCACUCGAAGUCCUCUUGCAUUUUCAAAGAUGAGUUUAAAUUUUGGUGAAAUUGUGGAACCUUCAACCCGUGCCUUUUGGGAUGAUUACGAUGAGCAAGAAGAAAGCGAUAGCCCGGCCAACGUGGUUUUGGAAUGGUUGUGUUUAAACGGACAAGACCACGCAUCGGAGGAAGCAGCCAUACAGAAAACCCUACAGGAACCGUUCCGUUUCGUCAUCUUGGAGGGCCAAAAGAUAAGCAGUUUUGUGACGACGGCCAUUCUCAGGGGUAGCACCAGUCUCGCGUUUCAACUGUCCUGUGGCACGGUUAACGUUUUCCAUCUACCAGCCGAGAAACUGUUGGUUUGUGUAUCGGAGGAAAUCGAACCGAACCUUUUCGGGAGUGUUACGGAAAAAUUGUCCCGCUGGUUGGAAGCGACGGAAUCGGUCAUCACCAUCUCGCUGCUACCAGCCGUAAUGUACAAGGGAGCGUCGGAGCGUGAACAGGAGCAGGUUUGUUUUAUCAAGGCCCUAAACAAAAAUGUGUCGCUCGCGGACAUAGGGCAAUUGGAGGCACCCAAUGUAAUUACUGGAGUAGCGGGCGGUGCGGUUAGUUAUCGUAAAUUUCUGGGAAAAGAUGCAGCAGCGUAUGCAUGUUUCCUUGACUCGGUCGAAUUGGAUUCGGUCAGUUCGGAACCAAUUCUUCGUCUCCUAAAAGCUCUACGUGUCCCUUGCGCAGAUCGGUAUGAGCGAAAGUUUAAAACAAGCUCAAAUCUUUACAUGUAGACUCGUUACUAUCGGAUGCCGGUGAGUUCUUUUACUGUUUAAUGUGGUAUAUCGGAAAAUAAAAGGAACUAGCAUAUAUUUCGCCACGAUCCUUAUGAACAACGG